AUGCAGAUCCAGUCAGAGAGCAGGGAUGAGCAGAACAACAUCAACAAGUGUGGACCAUCAUGGAAAGUGUCCUCUGGAAUAUAUGUAGACUGCCAGAACUUUAACAACACACAGCGUCAAUGCAAAGGAAACAGAACUCUUUCUCAAAAAGAAUUUGAGAAUGAGUGUACUAAGAAAACGUUUGACCUUCCACCUGGGUCUGGGGCCUUAGAAGGGAAACGCUUGGGUCCAGAGAUGAGGACUCUGAUCUGGGGGGACCAGAUGGCUGCCCCAACUCAUCAUGAUGUCAUGCUCUCCUGCUUCUUCAACAGAGUCCAGAAUCUUAGUGAAAACAUGGAGUCAGUCCCUGUCGAGGACACUAUCCAGAACCUCAUACAGGGGGUGGAUGAAAUGCUGGAAGCCCCCCGGGACCUGGAAACCCUGCCCAGCUCAGAACAGCAUCUUGUGGCCUCUAACCUGCUCAUUGGCCUGGAAACUGUCUUUAGAGGACUGAGCAAGUCCCUGAACAAUGAGUCACUGCACUUCAGUUCACCUUCAGGCACAGAAAUGUCACUGAAGGCACUGGAUAAAGAAGAUAAGAAUGUCACCUUGAUUCAGAAUAACAUAAAGAUGAUACUGAUCUGGGAUACAGUGCAUGAAUUAAAUGACUCAGGUCCCAUUGUGGUGGGCCUUGUCUCCAUACCUGGGAUUGAAAAGUUGCUGGAUAAAGUGCCCCUGAUUGUGGAUGCUGAGGAACAGGUAGUUCCACAUGAGGCACACGGGGAAUUGCUGCAGGAAAUUCCCCCUACCCUGCUGUCUGAUGUCAUAUCUGCCUUUAUCAGCAACAGUAACACACAGAACCUCAGUUCUCCAGUCAAAUUUGUCUUCAAACAUUCAAGGACCCCUGAAACAAAGGGGAAGGUGCACUGUGUCUUCUGGGAGCAGGGCCAGAAUGGAAGUGGCCGUUGGGCAACCAGAGGCUGCAGGACGAUGGACAGCAGAGACGACAGCGCCACCUGCCAGUGCACCCACUUCAGCAGCUUUGCUGUCCUCGUGGCCUACUGCGACAUGCACGAGGAGGAUCUCACACUGACUGUGAUCACCUACGUGGGACCGAGCCUCUCUCUGCUGUGUCUCUUCCUGGCGGCCCUCACGUUCCUGCAGUGCAAAGCCAUCCAGAACAUCAGCACCUCGCUCCACCUGCAGCUCUCGCUCUGCCUCUUCCUGGCCCACCUGCUCUUCCUUACAGCCAUCAACAGAACUGAGAGCAAGGUGCUGUGCGCCAUCAUCGCAGGUGCCUUACACUAUCUCUACCUGGCCUCCUUCACCUGGAUGCUGCUGGAGGGUCUGCAGCUCUUCCUCACUGCACGCAACCUGAUGGUGGUCAACUACUCCAGUGUCAACAGGAUCAUGAAGAAGCUCACGUUCCCAGUGGGCUACGGAGUCCCGGCUGUGAUUGUGGCCAUUUCUUCUGCAUCCAGGCCUCAUCUUUAUGGAACACCCAAACGAUGCUGGCUCAGCACAGAAAAAGGAUUCGUUUGGACAUUUCUUGGCCCUGUCUGCACCAUCUUCUCUAUUAAUUUAGUUUUCUUCCUGAUAACAUUUUGGAUUGUGAAAAAGAAGCUCUCUUCACUCAACAGUGAUGUGUCCACUCUCCGGAAGACUAGGAUACUAACAUUUAAAGCCACAGUUCAGCUCUUUAUCUUGGGAUGUACAUGGUGUCUGGGAAUCCUGCAGGUGGGACCAGCUCCCCACGUCAUGGCCUACUUCACCAUCAUCAACAGCCUUCAAGGUUUCUUCAUCUUCCUGGUGUACUGCCUCCUCAGCCAGCAGGUGCAAGAGCAAUACAAGAUCUGGUUCAAAGGGAUCAAGAAAACUGAGUCUGAGGAGUACACACUCUCCAGCAGGGCCGUGUCGGAACCCUCUAAACACAGUCAAGUAAGAUCAUGCAUUGCCCCAGAGCACGUCACUGAUUGA